AACACGGGAUGACACAUCAUUAAAAGACGGCUACACCUUAUGGCCUACGUCACCCUAAUGUGGGCACUACCUAGGAUGUUCCAGAAUGAUCUAGAGGACAAAUGUUUAGUAUAAAAGAACCCACAGUACCGUCAGUUGACCACAAAAAGCCUGAAACGAUCAACAAGACUGAGAAGACCGACAAAUCUAUCCCCAUACUCCCAUACUCAUCCAAGGCUACGGUGCCGCCAUGCAGGCCACCAUGCAGACUGCCUACCCAAACCGUGGCAGGACAGCCCUAUCCCUGGGCAUCGACACCGCCGGAGGAGUCAUGACGCCCCUGAUCAUACGGGGCACCAUCGUCCCCACCAAACAGACUCAGACCUUCAGCACAGGCACCGACAACCAGCCGGGGGUCCUGAUCCAGGUCUUUGAAGGAGAGAGAGCCAUGACCAAGGACAAUUACCUGCUGGACGAGUUCGAGCUGUCGGGAAUCCCGCCCGCUCCGAGAGGGGUACCUCAGAUCGAGGUGACCUUCGACAUCGACGCAGACGGCAUUCUGAACGUGUCUGCUGUGGACAAGAGCACGGUAAAAAUAAAACACAUCGCCAACAACAAAGAUCGCCUGAGCGAGGAAGACAUCGAGGGGAUGGUUCAGGAAGCAGACCAAUACAAAGAAGAAGACGAGCAACAGAGGGAGAAAAUAGCGGCCAAGAACGCCCUGGAGUCCUACGCCUUCAACAUGAAGAGCAGCCUGCAGGAGGACAACCUGAAGGACAGAGUGAGUGAGGAGGACAGGAAGAAGGUGGAGGAGACGUGUGAGCAGGCCAUCCUCUGGAUGGAGAACAACCAGCGAGCGGAGAAAGAGGAGUACCAACACCAGCUGAAGGAGUUGGAGAAGCUGUGUAGCCCCAUCAUCUCCAGGCUGUACCAGGGGGGAGUGCCAGCAGGCAGCUGUGGAGAGCAGGCCAGAGCUGGCUCCCAGGGGCCCACCAUCGAGGAGGUGGACUGAAGCAGACUGUUGGACUGAAUGGAAUAUGAUCAAUAUGACUGUUAUUGAUUUAAAAGUUAUUUCUUGGGGCCCCCCGUGGUUGACCGCGUAGAGCGUACCAUUAAGGCCCAGUCCUUACUACAGCGACAAGAGUUUGAUUCCAGCCCCAGGUCCUUUGCUGCAGGUCCUCCCCUCUAUUUAUUUUACCUUUCUAUAUACCAUACCUACCUGUCUAUCUCACUCUACAGUAAUAAGGAUAAAACCUUUU